AGACAACCUGCUUCACUCCGUAAUCAGUGCUGAAGUGCUGACCCAUAAAGAUCUUGUAGAUUAUGCAGGAUCAUGCCUUUAACACGCUAAAUGUCCACCACAUAGGAAAGACUGCUAUGGGCUGAGAACCAUCACGACCGGGAUCCUCACUGACAGGUGAGCAGACGUCCUGGUGUUCAUCACCUACACACUGAUCUCCUCAUCCAGUAUCUCAUCGUCUCGCUUUGGUCUCAGAGGUCGUCAACUUCAGCGUAUUUAAGAGACGAGAGUGAAUCAGACCGACUCAUAACACCAUUCUGACUCUCGGUUCUUCUCUCUGAUACUCACCAUGCUGUGUCACGGCCGGAUCUCUCACGUGCUGCUGCUCCUCUGUGCUUUUUCUUUGUGGGCUGAAACUGUGAUGUGUGGCUCCAGCUUCCUCAGUCCAAGCCAGAGACCCCAGAAUCGCUGAGACCGAAAGCCUCGAGUGGGACGGAGGACUGCAGUUGAACUAGAGCCUCCUCUUCCCACUGAAGAAAAGAUCAUGGCCAGCGCACCGUUCCAGCUGGCCGUGUCUCUCAGUGAGACCGAGUACGAGGAGUACGGUCCUGUGCUGCACAAGAUGUUAUUGGAUGUCCUGGGUGAUCCACCAGCUUGGGACGAAGUAAACUAACAGCACCUGGAAGGAUCCUGCUUCGCAACAUUCGUGUUCAGAAUGAUUGUGAAAAAAACGAAAAAUAAAAUGACGAUGACAAUCUUAA